AUGUCAGAGCAGCAUCAAGCACCGGGAGUCAUUCCACCCGGGCAAAUCCAGAACGGACUACCUCCGCAGAAUGGACAACCGCUCCAGCAGCAGCCGCCAAAUGCUCCACCACAGCAGCAACAGCUGCCUCCUCCGCAGCAUCAACAGCAUCCUUCACUGCAUCCGCAACAGCAUCCUCAGCCUAACCUCACUCAGCCGCAGCAUAGCUCCCCACACGAUGCCCUCAUUGUGCAACUCUUGCAACAAAUGCAGCAUCAGCAAGCCAUAAUGAACCAGAUCCUUCAGCAGCAGCGAGAAUCCCAACACCAUCAACAGCAAGGGGUUCUACAGCAGCAAGAGAUCUUCCGGAACGCCAUGCAGACCAUUCAAGUGCACGUUCCACCCAAUCCAGAAAAUACAAAUUAG